CGUGCCCAGUUGACGAGCGCAGACGCGUCGCGAACGAAGAUCAGUGAGAAUCAGCGGGGAAAUUGUUUCGCUAAAAUGUCAAGAAGAUCAUUAUCCUUGCCGGGUAGGCCUUCCAGACUUUCUCUGAUAGAGAAGAAAAUGCCGUUAGCAGAACGAAAAAAAGUGCAUUGGUCAACGGAUUUGGAGGAAGUUAUUUAUUUCUCUCCCGACUCUAUGAUCAGGAGGCCCCGGGAUGUUUCAGGAAUGAGGUCCUUCGAUCGGCGAGUAAGAAUGUUACGUUCAAGAAGCGUUUCGGUGAACAAGCGCUUGCCUCUAAAAGCGACUCAAACUUUGACAAGAAGUUUUAACGACGUGAAUUCGAUGCUGAUUCGCACCGGAGUGAAUAUCCUGUCGCAUCAAUUGGAAAGACUAAGAAGCCGAAGCGACAGCUUGGAAAUGUUCGAUCAACAGAGCAACAAUCGAUGGAAUGAACUUUUAGCGUUGUACCAGAAGCAAAUGAGGGAUCAGCUGGCCCAACAGGAAGAAGCAUGGGUCUGAAUUGAAACGAGUUUUCAUUUCGAGUCUACGUUGAUAUUGCUGUGGAAUCGUGACCAUAUUUGGCCAUCAGAUGAAGCGUGGGUAAACGCAUUUCACAACGGUGACGAAACUGGAUCUCAGUGGAUGGAGUUGAAUUUCGAACCAAUUCGUGGGAGAUGAAAGAAGCUUCAGGAACAGAUGGAAAAUGUUUACAUUUUAGCAAAAGAUCGAUAGGAAGCAGACCCGGUGAACUGAACUUUGCACUUCGAUGACAAAAUCGCAUAUUGACAUAUCCUACUUUUAAUGACAUGAUUUAUCACCGUCAAGUAAAUCAUUUUUAAGCUUUUAUUGGUACAACAACAUAAGAUAGAUAAUUGAAUUUUGUACCUAAUGUAUUCAAAAUUUUAAAUUUACACUUAGAGUUCACAUUAGCAUUGGUAAGUUUGAUGAAUCAUUUUCUCAACGUUUACUUGGGCUUCUGUGCCCUAGUUGUGUUUCCAAAGAAAAUUAUCAUGCGUUUAUGUCUUGCGGUCGAUUAAAAGGAAUGAUGUAAUCUAAAUGCUAUUUUAAAAAAUGACUUUGCUAGAACACUUUUAUAAAUCUUUAUCAGUUUUAGAAGGAAAGUACAUUAAUAUUGAUGAUGUGUUGCGAAAUUUUGUGGCUGCAUACAUAAUUUGUUGUCAGUGGAAAGUAUGAAUUUACCGCUAGACCUUGCGAUGAAAUUUGUUUUUGAGCGCUAGCUAUAGCUGUUAGCUAAUAAAUAAUUGUAACCCUCAAAGACGAGGUUUUCAUAGUUGAUCAUCGAAGCUCAGAUUUAGUGCCAAUCUUGUUAUGAUUUCUACAGAACGUCUCUGUACUGUUCAUUCAAUAAUGUAGUGUCUGUCUGCAGAAAAUAAAAUGCUU